AUGGAGCAGGCCUUCAUCCCCAAGACCAUCCCCACCCCCACCAACCUUCCUUUCAUCAUGGUCUCCAACUCCACCAACGCCCCAGCCGCUUCGCCCUCCACCCUCGCCCUCCUCAUCCGUCUUGUUGCCUUCCUCAGCCUCGCUGCCGCCUCCAUGUGGGCAAACUAUGAAGCCGCCAAAGGCUUCGAGAUCACCAUCCUCAGUGCCGACACCCACACCGCCGCUGGCCGGCAUUUCAACCUCAUGUUCGUCUCCAACGGCCGAGCCUCACGGCUUAUCCUCAACUCCAGUGACUUCAUCGAGCGCGUGCUCUACCCCAGCGAGCUGUACCCCAGGAAGCCCGUCCGCCGCGUCACCCUUCAGUUGGCCAUCCAAAACCUCAACGAAUUCGUCUCGGUGAGCUCCGGUCGCCGCCCCGGCGACUUCGUUAUUCUUGUAAGCCCUAGUGUCAUGGCGGAGGCCAACGUACAAAUCUCGAUGGCCUCGGCAGUGCAACGGGGCAUGGCCCAAGUGUGGCUCUGGAACGGGCGGGGCGGGGCCCCUCCAUCACUCCUGAAUGCCAUGGCCGAGUACCUUACCAUGGCGGCCCGUCUGAUUCACCAUUUGAAACCCAACGAUUUCUCCAUCGCAUCCAAAACGUCAUGUUGGGGUGACCGCAGCUACAUCGACGACGCGCGGUUCUUGCAGUACUGUGAGGAGCAGAGACAUGGAUUCAUUGCACGCUUGAACCGGGCCAUGCAAGGGCAAUGGGACGAGCACAUGGUGGACUCUGCACUUGGCUCGCCAUCUCGACAGUUGUGCUCGGCCUAUCUCUUGUUGUCACGUCAUGGAGGAGGCCCAUCUGGUCCAGCGUCAGAUUUCGUUUUAAACCAGGCCAUGUGA